AUGGCGCUGCGGGCGGGCGCGGCGGGGCUCCUGGCCUUGCUCUUGCCUCUGCUCCUGGCCUCGCUGGCGGCGCGCAGCGGCAACGGGAUCAGCGCAAAGCCGACGGAGGCUCCGAGCAUGCACGUCAACCGGGGUGAGGAGGCCGCGGGCGCUGGGGGCGUCCUGGCGGGCCCGGGAGCGACGCGUCCUCGAUACCUCCGGCCCUUCCCGAGACGUCUGCGUGACACUGAGUCCGCGAAAAUAGAAUAUGGAGAAUGCACAGUUACGUGUGGGAUUGGCAUUCGAGAAGUUCUGUUAACCAGUGGAUGCCCUGCAGCUGAAACAAAAUGUAUUAUCGGUGUGGAGGAAUGCGAGGGGCCGGUAGACUGUGGAUGGGGAAUACCAAUUUCUAAGGGCCCUGAGUGUGUGAAGAUGCAUUGUAUUUAUAUACCUCCUGAAAAUCGAUUUAAAUACAUUUGGAAGAAAUUAAUUCAAAACAAGACAGCAAGUACUCUUCCCAAUGAUACAUCUAUUAUGGAAGUUUGCAGAGGUGACCAGUUGAUUACAUACCAAUGUGAAACUCGAAGGAAGAAAGGAAGUGCCAUUGCUUCUGUAAAAUACACAGUCCAAGCAAAAACUGAAAUACAAGCAGAAGAACCAAAGAGAAUACAGACAGAGUACUCAAGGAAAGAGACAGAUGCCAUUCUGAUCUUUUGCCUUGUAACUGGAAUCGUUGUGGCUGUUGGUGUGUUCUCUGCCAUGACCAUUAUGAUUCUUCACUGGGGUGUUGUAAAAUCUUUUUGGAAAUCAAAAUUUGGGCAAGACAACCAAGAGAAGCUGAUCGACAAAAGUUCACUGCAUAACCUGGAAUAA